AUGACCCGACAGAAAUCGUCUCAUUACAAAGCAAUCAUCUUUGACCUAGGGGAUGUCUUUUUCACCUGGCACGCUCCCAAAGACACUGCUGUCUUGCCCAGGCUCUUCAAGAAAAUGCUCAGCUCACCAACCUGGGCAGAUUACGAGCGCGGCAAGGUGAGCGAGGAAAGCUGCUACGAGAGCCUAGCCGAACAGUUUGGCGUCGACUCGUCGGAAAUUGCGCUCAGCUUAAGGAAAGCACAGCAGUCUCUUGUCACGGACGCAGCAAUCGUUAGCCUGAUAUCGGAGAUCAGAGCGUUGGCUGGACAUAUUGCCAUCUAUGCCAUGUCCAACAUUUCCGCCCCAGAUUAUGCAGCUGUGCUCCAGACUCAGCCCGAGUUGGGCAUCUUUGACGGAGUAUUCCCGUCUGGAUGCUACGGGACGAGGAAACCAGAGCUGUUGUUCUACAAGAAAGUAUUGCGGGAGAUUGCAGUGCCGCCGGAUCAGGUCAUCUUUAUUGAUGAUCAGCUGGAGAAUGUAGUUUCUGCGCAGUCGACGGGUAUGCACGGCAUUGUCUACACCGGUGCUCAAAGAGGUCGAGAGUUUCUACGGCGCAAUGUUGGGGCGUUGUAUAGUAUCAGCGAGACCGGUCAAGUCAUCCGGGAAAACUUCUCGCAGCUGCUCAUCCUGGAGGCGACGGGUGAUAAGAGCCUGGUCAACCUUGAAUAUCAGCAGGGGAGCUGGAACUUCUUUCAAGGAGAACCCCCUUCUACGUCAGAAGCAUUCCCGGAUGAUGUCGACACAACAUCCAUUGCAUUGAUGAUUCUCCCUGCCGAUGAUGACACAGUCAACUCGGUUCUCGACGAGAUUUCCGAGGUGGUCAGUGACGAGGGCAUUGUAAACACGUACUUUGACAAGGGCCGACAGCGAAUCGACCCAGCAGUCUGCGUCAAUGUCCUCCGUCUCUUUUAUACCUACGGCCGGGGCGCCGAUCUCCCAUUGACCCUCCAGUGGGUAUACGACGUUCUUGAGCAUCGCGCCCACUUGCACGGUACGCGGUACUACCCCAGCCCGGAGGUUUUCCUCUACUUUGUCAGUCAAUUGUGCCGGUUCUCCAAGAAGGUGCCGACGCUGCAGCUGCUGGAGAAGUUGCUCACGGAUCGCCUCAAGGAGCGCAUUCAGGUCAAAGCGGACUCUCUGGCACUGGCUCUGCGGAUCCUUGCAUGUUUGUCUGUGGGUAUAUCGCAAGUUGAAGUAGAUGUCCGGGAACUGCUUGCUAUGCAGAGCGAGGAUGGCUCGUGGGAACCCGGUGCGUUUUACCGGUUUGGAUCGACCAAGAUGAACGUUGGUAAUCGAGGUCUUACGACUGCGUUGGCGAUUAGGGCGGUUGAGAUGUACCGGGGGACUAGGAUAAGCUCCAAGGGCACAGAGUAG